GCCGCUGUUUAUCAAUUAAAAACCUCUUUAUCCGCUCAGGAGCUCUUAAAAGAAGUGCUGUGGCGUUCAAAACAAAGUUACUCCUCGCAGAUUGAGAGCACUUUGGGCGUGAAGCCACUUGAACAGAUAAAACUACUCUGUGCUUAACCCAACUAGCAUAAGAGAUGUCUGACAGCGACAUUCAAGCUUUGAAACCGCGACCCAAACGCAGACGCAUCCUCGACCCUUCAGCGAUCAUCCCUGUACCCGUCUACUCAAGCAAGGUUAGCAGCAGUCUGCAGCUGAAGCCGAUGAAAGCCGUGCUAACUGAGCAGAAAAAAACAGAUGAGAGUUUGUGGUCAGAGUUUUCAUCUCAAGGGCCGGCGGCAACCAUCACCACCUUGAGUGAGUCUGAGGAGGAGGAGGAGGAGGAGGAAACGGAACAUAUAGAGGAGAAGACGCAGCCAGAAGCAGUCCGCUGCCAUUCUCCUUCUCCUCCAGACAGUCCGGUCAACAAACACUCGAAACAGUUCCUGAAGAAGAUCAGCGAGAUCGACAGAAAGCUCCAGGCGGUAAACUCCCUCCUCUCUCCUGAACCUCAGGACAGAAGGUCGAGGCGAGGCCCCCAGUCUCCAGGUGAUGAGGAUGUCAUCAUAAUGAACCUAAAUGAUGAUGAUGUCGUCAUCUUGAACACAAACUCUGAAGUGCAGGGUUCCCCGUACAGCUCGUCGGUCAGGGAGAUCCCCCUGAAGGUCCGCUGCCGAACAGAAAUCCACAAGAUCCCGGUGCUGUCGUCGACUCCAUUAAGUGAAGUGGUGAGGCAGCUGUCGGUCAUCUUGAAGGUUCCUCCUCCUCGCCUCCUGCUGAUGAGAAGAGACGUGGAGCUUCCGACAGACUCCACGGUCAGCGAGCUCGGCCUUGGCAUCGCAGAUAUUAUAGAAUGUGAUGUCAUGGCGGCAGAGGAACAAAGUGAAGCAGGCAGCAGCAGCAGCAGCAUCACAGUGAGGCUGCAGAGCAAAGACAGAGACGCCUCACAGGAGUUCACCCUGCACAGAGAUGCACCGUUGGGCUCCGUCUUCUCUCUGUACAUGUCCAACAUGUCAGCCAUUGACCAGAGAAAAGUUCGCUUCCACUUUGACGGCUCCAAAGUGACAAACAUCCAGACGCCGGCUCAGCUCGACAUGGAGGACGGGGACAUCAUUGAAGUUUGGAUUUAACUCAGUAUUGUAUAUAAAAUGUGAACUGGUUUGAUAUUUCAUUAGUUGUAAAUAAAACUUUAUUUGUCAAACAAAUGCAACAGUUUAGGUACAAAUGAUAUUAUAUUUUUAAGCACAAUUAAAAAUGGAAAAAAAAGUGUGAUGUAGUUCUUUCUGUGAAAGUUAGAGCUGGGAGCAUGGAUUGUGCUCAUUGCUCUACCGCCUGCCUAAGUUUUUUAUUCACUCUCUCCCCACAUCUCAAUUCGAUGCUUACCAAUAAAUUCAAGUUUUAAAAAAAAAAAA